AGAGUAAGUUUUAAGGGGACUGAAAGAGAUACGACUGCCUCCUGAUGCCCCGUGCGUCUCCACAAUGCCCCGCGCGUCUCCGCGGCAGCUGCCGCUGUCUACCCUGCUCCGCCUCCUCUCCUCCCAUCCCUCCCUUUCUCCGGCCAUCCAUGGCACCCUGCUCAAGUCCUCCUCCCUCUCCAGCCUCAUCCCAAUCCCGGCCACUGCCCUCCUCACCUCCUACGCCAACGCAGGGCUCCCGGGCGCUGCGUCCCGCCUGUUCGACGAAAUGCCCGCGCGGGAUGCCGUCGCCUGGAACGCGCUCCUUGCCUGCCUCGUCCGCCACGCGCGCCCCCACGCCGCCGUGGGCGCCUUCUGCGGCAUGGCCGCCGCAGGGUUCCCGCCUACGGCCGCCACCCUCUGCACCAUGCUCAAGGCCUGCGCCGUGUCCCGCGCACUUCUCCCCGGCCGCCAGGUCCACGCACGGAGCGUUGUCUCGUGCCACGGCGAUGUCAUCAUGGUGACGGCGCUUGUUGACCUCUACAUGAGCUGUGGCCUAUUCGAGGACGCCAUGGGAGUGUUCGCGCGGACGGAGUGCCCGAAGGAUGCCGCGCUGUACAACGCUGUUCUUUCAGGCUGCGUGGAGAACGGCCGGUUUAGGGAGGCUUUCUCGAUGCUGAGGAGGACUGAGCUCAAUGGAAUUUCGUUGACAUGCGCCCUCACGGCCUGCUCAGCAACAGCAAACUUGGCGUACGGUAUGCAGGUGCAUUGCAAGGCUCUCCGUUGUGGGUUUGAUUCUGACACCAUCAUGUGCAAUGCGCUUAUUGACAUGUAUGCAAAAUGUGGGAGGACAAUGGUUGCACGUAUAGUGUUUGACCGGAUGGCUGGCAGAACUGUGGUUUCCUGGUCUAGCAUGAUUGACGUAUACUGUCGCCAUGGGCAUGGUGAGGAGGCCUUGGAUUUGUUUAAGCUGAUGGAGAAAGCUGCACCCAUGGUCUUGCCAAACGCCAUUACAUUUCUGGCGGUUCUCUCAGCUUGUGGACACUGUGGUCUUGUGGAUGAAGGUCGGUCCAUGCUACAUUUGAUGAAAAGCAAGUAUGGAAUUGAUCCACAACCAGAGCACUAUGCAUGCUUAAUUGACAUGCUAGGCCGUGCAGGCCAGAUUGACGAGGCCUGGGAUCUAUAUUGUAGUUUAACUUCAAGCCGCAAUGGGCAUUCCAGUGCCAUCUAUGUUGCUAUGUUGAACGCAUGCAGAGCUAAUAUGGAUGUUGUAAGAGGAAAGAAAGUUGCUGUGCGCAUGCUAGAGGUUGACCCACAAAAUCCUGGAAUUCAUGUGUUGAUAUCAAAUUUUCAUGCUGCUAUUAGACAAUGGUCUGAAUCAGAUGAAUCACGGAGGGUUAUAAUGGACAAGGGUCUCAGGAAAGAAGCAGCUAGCAGUUGUGUCUCUGUUGGCUAAAAACUGAUUUUGCAGGAAUUUGUAGUAGAGAUCAAUUGUGUUGCCGUAGUGUGAUUUUUAGGGCCAAUUGUGCUGCCAUAGUGUUUUUUCCCUGCAACAGUCAAAAUUAAUUGAAAUUAGUAGUAAUAUGCCUUAUUGAUGCCAAAUAGUGCAGCGGUAUCUACCUUACCUGUGUUAGAAUAGACCACUAUAACAUUCAUGUUCAUUUGUACGUAUCUUUGGGGACUUUUGUUGCAGUGCUCACUGUUGCACAGUUGGGGAUGAUUAUAGUAUGCCUGAUUUUUAUUCUCUUACUGCAAAGUUACUGUCAUUUACUGCAGUUCCCAGGAUUCUCCUUCUGAAGGCAGAAAUUUCAGAAGUGACACCAAUGAAUCGGAUUCGGAGGAGCCAUCUUCAAUUGGU